UUUGGAACUUUCCAUUGGCCCAAUUCACACGCACAACUUCGGCUUGGUAGUACCAAGGCAAGGAGGUCAGGUCAACAGCCAUCAACACAAGCGUUUGCAACAUCAGAAGCAUGCUCCCUCCGAUCCCGGUCCUCGCCGACUAUGGAAUCUCCCCAACCCACGGCUUCCUCCCGGAUGUCCUGCCGCUGACGAGACUGCCGGAUCCGUACUACAACAAAUGGGAGGCCAUCGUUGCCAACCUGCAGGCCCUCAUCCUCAGCAAGCGGCUGCGCGGAGUCAUCGACCGGCUCCCUGUGCUCUCCACCAUCGGUCUGGAACACGACGCAGAAUGGCGCCGAGCCUACGUGCUGCUGUGCUUCAUGGCCCACGGCUACAUCUGGGGCGGUGACAGCCCCAGCGAGCGCCUGCCGGCCUCCAUCUCGAUCCCGCUGCUGCAGGUGUCGGAACACCUCGAGGUGCCGCCCGUCGCCACCUACGCAGCCGUCUGUCUGUGGAACUUCAAGCCGCUAUUCAUGGACGAGGACGUUGACAACCUCGAGAACUUGGCCACCCUGACCACGUUCACAGGCAGUCUCGACGAGUCGUGGUUCUACCUCGUGUCGGUCGCCAUGGAAGCCCGCGGCGCGCCCAUCAUCCCCCUGAUGCUGACCGCCAUCGCCGCGGCACGUGAGGACGAUGCGCCAACCGUGGCGCGCUGCCUCCAUGCUUUUGCCGAGCGCCUGGACGACCUCACUGCCCUGCUGGGGCGCUUGCACGAGAGCUGCGACCCGCACAUCUUCUACCACCGCAUCCGCCCCUUCCUCGCCGGCAGUAAGAAUAUGGCCGAGGCUGGCCUGCCCAACGGCGUGCUCUAUGAGGACGAAUCCGGCAACGGGACCUUCCGGCAGUACGCCGGCGGGAGCAACGCCCAGAGCAGCCUGAUACAGUUCUUCGACAUCGUUCUGGGGAUUGAGCAUCGUCCCACUGGCGACAAGGGGCCGAGCCGCCCCGAGGCGGAGCGCGAGGGCCGCGGCCCGGCGCCCAAGCACAACUUCAUCAUGGAAAUGCGCCGCUACAUGCCGGGACCGCACGCGCGGUUCCUCAGUGACGUGCAGGCCGUCGCCAACAUCCGCGAUUAUGUCGAGCUGAACCGAGACAACCGCGAGCUGUGCGUCGCCUACGACGCAUGCCUGUCGAUGCUCCGUGCGCUCCGCGAUAAGCACAUCGCCAUUGUCACCCGGUACAUCGUCCUGCCGAGCCGCGAGGUGCGCGCCCGCAGCCGCAGCCCCGAGGCUACGCGGCGCAAGGUCAAUCUGGCCACCGCCUCGCGCCGGCAGCCGCAGGGCAUGGCUUUCGACGCGGAUGGGGACGCCGGCGGCAAGAAGGGCGCCAACCUCAAGGGGACCGGCGGCACCGCGCUUAUCUCGUUUCUGAAGCAAGCGCGCGACGAGACGGGCGAGCCCGCCAUCGAGGAGUGGACCAAGCGGUUCAUGAGCCGGGCGCCAAGGACUGAGGGCCAGGGCGACUUCUUUGCCGGUAAGGCUGACGAAGGGGCUGGCCUGCAGGUCCAGGGCCAGACCGAGGAGGUUUCCGUGCCCGGCUUGGCGGGCACGUGGACGAUGGAUGACGAAGUCGGUGGCAUUUGCAAUUACUAGUCAUGAAAGCGAGUUCGCCGAGCGAGCAGCGGGGCGUUGGGCCUGCGUUGUCGUACUAGCGGUAUCACGGUAUCAUAGAGGAGGGUUGGUCACGGAGCCAAGUGCUGUUUGGCAUCCGUGUCUGUGUUUGAGCGUCAUACAGUCACAAUCAACAAUGAUA